AUGGGCCGUGUGAUUGGUCUUGACUUGAGUGAGGAAUUUCUUUCUGGAGGACUAAACAAUUCGAGUCUCUUUAAGCUGCAAUAUUUGCAGAAUUUGAAUCUGGCUCACAAUUAUUUCAAUUCUUCCAUUCCUUUCAAGUUUGGCACGCUAAAGAAUUUGAAGUGUUUAAAUUUGUCAAAUGCUGGAUUUCAUGGGCAGAUUCCUGCUCAAAUUUCUCUCCUGACAAAUUUGUCAACGCUUGACUUGUCAACGUCACUUGGCUCACAAAAUAUUCUAAAACUUCAGAAUCCAAAUAUUGGAGUGUUUUUGCAGAACCUUACAAACAUCACAGAAUUAUAUCUUGAUGGUGUAAGGGUAUCUGCCAAGGGAGAGAAGUGGUGUCAUGCUUUAUCUUCUCUCCAAAAGCUAAAAGUCUUGAGCAUGUCAUCAUGCAAUAUCUCAGGACCAAUUGAUUCUUCACUAGCAACACUUCAGGGACUCUCAGUGGUUCGACUGAAUCUGAAUAAUAUCUCAAGCCCUGUGCCGGAAUUCUUUGCAAAUUUCUCCAAUUUGAUUAACUUGGAGCUUAGCAGUUGCAGGUUGAGUGGUCGUUUUCCAACGGGUAUCUUCCAAAUACAAACAUUACGUGUUCUGGAUAUCUCAAACAACCAAGAUCUUCAUGGUGUUUUGCCAAAUUUCCUACAACAUGCAGUUCUUCACACCAUGAAUCUUAGUAAUACAAUUUUCUCUGGGAAAUUACCAGGUUCUAUUUCCAAUCUAAAGCAGUUGUCGAUCUUAGAUGUAUAUAACUGCCUGUUCAUUGAAACACUCCCAACUUCGAUGUCUGAACUCACUCAACUUGUUCAUUUGGAAUUGUCUUAUAACAAGUUUACUGGUCCACUUCCCUCUUUCAACAUGGCAAAAAAUCUCAGAUAUUUAUCUGUCUUGCACAAUAAAUUAAAUGGAACCAUUUCUAGAACUCAUUUUGAGGGACUUGAAAAUGUCCUCAUUAUCAAUCUAGGAGAUAAUUCCUUUAGUGGAAAAAUUCCCGUGUCACUUUUUGCACUUCCAUCUUUGCAAGAACUUACACUUUCUCAUAAUGGAUUUGACGGUCCAUUAGAUGAACUCCCAAAUGUUGCUUCCUCUAAGUUACAGUUGAUUGACUUGAGCAGCAACAAAUUUCGUGGUCCUAUUCCUGAAUCUAUCUUUCAUCUUGAAGAACUUCGUUUCCUACAACUUUCUGCAAAUGAGUUCAGUGGCACCAUAAGACUUGAUAUGAUUCAGAGUCUAAAGAAUUUGCACACGUUAGGUUUUUCAAGCAAUGAUUUAUCUGUUGAUAUAACUUCAGACAAUGAUCAUGACUUUCCAUCCUUUCCCAGAUUGGAAUAUGUAUUGUUGGGUUCUUGUAAGUUGGGGAAAUUUCCAAGGUUCUUGAGAAACCAACCCCAACUACAUGCUCUAGACCUAACCAACAAUCAGAUUCAAGGAAUAAUACCUAACUGGAUAUGGAGAUUUGAAUCUCUGGUUUACUUAAAUCUUUCCAACAAUUAUCUCACAACUAUGGAAGGGCCCUUUGAUGAUCUGAAUUCAAAUCUAUAUAUCCUUGAUCUUCAUUCCAAUCAACUUUCUGGAUCAAUUCCUACUUUCACAAAAUAUAUUGUCCAUGUGGACUACUCGAGCAAUAAAUUUAACACUGCCCCACUUGACAUUGAUAAGUAUAUCCCUUUUGUAUACUUCCUCUCCCUUUCAAAUAACAGCUUUCAAGGGAAAAUCCAUGAAGCCUUUUGUAAUUUUUCUUAUCUCCGGUUGCUUGAUCUUUCCUACAAUAGCUUCAAUGACUCCAUUCCCAUGUGUUUGAUGGAAAGGAAUAGUAUCCUCAGGGUACUUAAUCUUGAUGGAAACAAACUCCAGGGUUAUAUUUCUGAUACCAUUUCAAGUUCAUGUAAUUUAAGGUUCCUUAGUCUCAAUGGAAAUCACUUGAGUGGUGUUAUCCCAAACUCUCUAGCCAACUGUCAGAGUCUACAAGUCUUAAAUCUCGGAAAGAAUCAGUUUAGUGAUAGAUUUCCAUGCUACUUAAGGAACAUUUCAACCCUACGAGUGCUAAUUUUGAGGUCAAACAAGCUCAACGGUGUCAUUGCGUGCUCAAAUAGCACUACCAAUUGGGAGAUGCUUCAUAUUGUGGAUCUAGCCUCCAAUAAUUUCACAGGAAAACUACCUGGACCAGUUUUGAAAAGCUGGACAAAAAUGGUGGGUAAUGAGACUGAAUCACGAGAAGAGUAUGGGGAUUUAUUUUUUGACAUGUUUGAUAAUCAUGACAAUAUGCGUUACAAUAAUUUGUUCUCAGUGAUCAGCGAAUUCCUCGUAAUAAAAUUGCAAAAAUUGUUAGCAACUCAACCUUAUACUGUAGCUGACCACAUAUUUGCUUAUUAUGUCACUUCCAACCAAUUUGGCGGUCGCUACUUGGAUUCAGUUACAGUUGUGUACAAAGAUCAGCCAAGGACGUUCAUCAAAAUUCCCACCAUCUUCACUUCACUGGAUCUUUCCUCGAACCAUUUUCAAGGUCCAAUACCUGAAGAACUUGCGAGUUUGAGAGGACUACAUGUUCUUAACUUGUCACAUAAUGCUUUCUCAGGCCACAUCCCCUCAUCAAUUGGAAAUUUGAUAAAUCUUGAAUCCUUGGACUUGUCAAAUAACAAUCUGAGCGGGGAAAUUCCUCCUAUGCUGGCAAGUAUUGAUGCUCUAGGAUACUUGGACCUCUCAUUCAAUCAUUUGCGGGGGAAAAUCCCAACAGGUGCUCACAUGCAAACAUUUGAGUCACGUUAUUUUGAUGGCAAUGAAGGAUUAUGUGGACUACCCUUAAAAGAUUGCACCAAUGACGAAGUGGGGCAUUCACCUCCAACACUACCAGUACAAGAAAUGUAUGGAUCAAUUGAGUUUGAGUGGAAUUUCUUGAGUGUAGAGUUGGGAUUGAUUUUUGGUUUUGGAGCCGUCAUCCUUCCGCUUAUGUUGUUGGAAAGGUGGAGGGUUUUGUAUUGGAAGCUCGUGGAUAACUUGCUUUACAAGGUUGUCCCUCAGCUUGACUUUGUUUAUGAACACUAUAGAGGACAAAGGUACAGAACUCUUAGGUGGAUCGAGUAG